AUGCCCGCGCUCGCCCUUGCAGCCGUGCUCGCCCCUGGUGCCUGCGCUCGACCCUGUAGCCCGCGCUCGUCCCUGCAGCCUCGCUCGCCCCUGCAGCUCGCGCUCGCCCCUGCUGCCCGCGCUUGCCCCUGCAGCCGCCCUCGCCCCUGCAGCCCGCGCUCGUCCCAGCAGCCGCGCUCGCCUCUGCAGCCUGCGCUCGCCCCUACAGCCCGCCCCCUGCUGCCCGUGCUUGACUGUGCAGCCCGCGCUCUCCCCAGCAGCCGCGCUCGCCCCUGCAGCCUGCGCUCGCCCCUGCAGCCAGCGCUCGCCCCUGCUGUAGGGGGGCGAGCGGGGGCUGCAGGGGCGAGCGCGGCUGCAGGGGCGAGCGCGGCUGCAGGGGAGAGCGCGGGCUGCAGAGUCGAGCGCUGGCUGCAGGGGCGAGUGCUCCCCUUGCAGCCAGCGCUCGCCCCUGCAGCCCCCGCUCGCCCCUGCAGCUACGCUCUCCCCUGCAGCCCGCGCUCGCCCCUGCAGCCCGCGCUCGCCCCUGCAGCCGCGCUCGCCCCUGCAGCCUGCGCUAGCCCCGGCAGCCCGCGCUCGCCCCUACAGCCAUGCUCACCCCUACAGCCCGCACUCGCCCCUGCAGCCACGCUCGCUCCUGUAGCCCGCGCUCGCCCCUGCAGCCAACGCUCGUCCCUGCUGCUCACGCUCGACUCUGCAGCCCGCGCUCUCCCCUGCAGCCGCGCUCGCCCCUGCAGCCGCGCUCGCCCCUGCAGCCCCCGCUCGCCCCUGCAGCUACGCUCGCCCCUGCUGCCCGCGCUCGCCCCUGCAGCCUGCGCUCGCCCCUGCAGCCGCGCUCGCCCCUGCAGCCUGCGCUAG